AUGCCCGCGUUUGUAGGGACAAUAGAAUGCCCGCACAGCGCAAGGACUCUUCCAAACCAAUCGCCCCUGAUAUCAUGCUCCCCACCUGCCGCAUCAAAGACGGUUGGGCAGCAUGGCGGGUCCUUAGAUGGCCUUCAUGACGACUCCCAAAGGAGGAGAUUACAGGAUUAUCUAUGCAGGCUCAACGAGACGUCUCACGACUCUCUGCCCCAACCUACUGACAAUGAUAGAGGUGGUGUAAACAAAAAUGAGAAAAAAGAGGAAUCUCAUUACUGCUGCGCUUGGAGGAGUGGGCAGUCUGCUCCGUCCGUUAGACAACCGGAGAACAAGAACGAGGAGUGUGGCGAGAGGAGGCCAAGCGAAGAGGAAUCCCAAAUCCCUGGUAUUUUGGGGGAGAGUGCUGGAUAUCGAUAUGCCCUCGGAGGAAUUUUGGUUUACUAUGAGGGCUGUGGAGCUGAGAGAGCCACAGGCGCUUCAGAUCCCUACUGUAAAGACACCCGACGGUGCUCUGCCACCCAAGAGUCUCCCAGAGGAUUUCUUAAACGCGAAGCUGCUACUGAGCGACCAGGCAGUAGUCAUGCACACGCAGAAAGAUCAGAGGAUAUAGGAAAAAGAGAAACGGGGGGACAGAACGUCUUAGAAGCACGGAGGGACAUAGCGCAGCGCAGAGAAGCACCUAGGAAAGGGAAGCCACAUGAAGGAGGCGUUUGUUUUUGUUGCUCCUCUCAACAGGAGAUAGUGAGGCGUAGAGGCUUGAAUCGUUGCUGCUGCUGCUGCCCCUACAGGGACUGUAGAGUUCCACUUUCCCAGUGUCUGGCAAGAGCCCUUGGGGAGGAAAGUGACCCUAGUGUAGAGGGCAAGCCAGUGCAGCAGAAUUGGCGUGAACAUCUGCAGCAUGUACAGAGGCAGCUAGAAGGGCAAUGCGGGGAGUCUGACCGGAGCAGAGAGAUGGAACCAGUUGGGAAGCAAGAAACAGAAAAGGGUAUAGCAGCUAAGAAAACAGGCGCUAAGGCACAGAGAGGAGAGAUGCGAGGCUCAAUGCGAGAAUCGCACAGCCGAAAGCACGGGUAUUGUGCAGAGGAAGGUGAAGGGGUGCAAAACGAGACUAGGGAGCGUCCCCUGAACAGCUUGUUGCACGCUACCCCGGAGGUAGACUCAUCGCUGCUGCAGCUGCUGCAGCAGUUGCCUCUUCCUGCACCACCGUGCGCUGAACAGCUUGUGGAGACGGCGUGGAAGCCUGCAGAUACAAAGGCAAGGCGCCUAACUGCAGGAGAUAAACCACACCAAUUACAGCAGCAUGCAUGGGGCUCAUGCGUGUGCGUGCAGCUAGUGGUGCCACUAGACUCUCUCAUAUUUGAGUCCCGAUUUGAAUCUGGGAAUCUAUUGGCUGCAGUAAAGGGCAUCUACGAGCCCAAUAUUUAUCUCCUGCUCCUACGCCCAGACACAAAGAAAAACAACAAAACCUUUUGGUUUUUUUUUUCUGCUGAGAGAACAGCCGAGCCCAAGCAAGGAGCCAGACCCCUCACUGUCACAUUCAAAAUUUUGAAUCUCGUCAAGGAGAAUCCAUUUUACUGUCAGGGGCAUGGGGCUCCACUUGUCUUUUCUCCUAAGGCAUUUCGGGAGAGAAGGGAGGGCUGGAGAAGAAUUGACUGUCCAGUUCGAUUUUACAAAAACAGAGCCGCAGCCGCAGUCAAUUAUAUCUUCGAGGGAUGCUCACCACCUUCUGCAGCUCCCUUUGUGUCUGUUCCUAAGAGAAUCUCUACUGCAGACGCAGUAUCAACAGCAGACCCGUCGGCAGCACGACCUGGAGUGCUGCACUGGUCCUACGACGUAAAUUCGCCAGUGACAGACUUGCGUCGAAGCUAUUUUUCUCUUGAGUUUGAUUUUACGUUCACGGAGGAGACAGGCGACCGCAUCUUCUUCGCAAGCGCCCUUCCCUACACUUACUCAGAUCUCCUCGAUUUGACUGCCGCUAUGCAAACAAUGCCGCAUGCCAAGCGAUACUGCUCAGUUGGAACCCUUUGUAAGACUCCGGGAAAUAUUCCAUGCCCCGUGUUCCUCAUUGGGGAUCCCCCGGAAAGCCCGCUUCUUCAACAGCACAAAUCACCGAAGCAGCGACGGCAGUAUCGGCACCGACAACAGCAGAGGCAAUAUCGGCGUCAGAAGGGCAUCAACGCCAUAUGGGGGGUCCCCAACCGCCAAGGAGCGCCAGUGUAG